CUGGCACGUCUCUUCCUCUGCUGCAUGCGCUUAUCUCUGCGACACUGUCGGGGGUCCAGCCAAGACUCAUCUCCAUCGCUGUCCAACUGCAGCUGCUCUGAAGUGCCUGGCCCCUGGCCUAUCUCUUGGCCUUCGGAGGACACCUGAGGCAUUGCCAGAGAGGAGGGUCCUGGAGAGGGAGGCCUUGCCAACUCCUCUCUUUCACUUUCGGAGUCUUCUCCCUCUGAUAAGACAGGCUCGGGGGUUGGAGUCACAACAGAGUCUGCAGAGAAAACAGCAAGAUUUAGCCAGAUUUCUUUGCAUGGAAGACAUAGACAAAUGGAGCUAGAUAUCACCACAGAUGAUCUGCCAUUGAAGGCCAACACUAAUCACAUGUUGGUAAAACAUUAUGUUUUAGACUUGGAUGUGGAUUUUAGAAACCACGUUGUAGAAGGCACCAUAGUUAUUUUCCUUGAGCCUGUCAGAAGAGAUGGAAAAAGAGAGAAUAAGCAGAUGGAAGGAGCCAGUCCUCCUUGGUCUGAUGAAGCUUGCCGCGUUCCGACACCUGAAGUCUGCUCAGUCGUCGUGCCAGAUGCAAGUGCUUGCACAACUAAAAGUGGAUGUAAUGAUUUUGCUGUCUGUGGUAAAGGUGAAAAUGAUACUUCUGAUAAAAACGGUAGCCAUGGCAACAGGGAACAGGCUUCUGGGAUUUCUAGUUCAAAGAACUGCUGUGACAUUGAGAUUCAUGGGAGUGAAGAUUUCUUGCUGGUCCUGGACUGCUGUGAUUUAUGUGUGUUAAAGGUCGAGGAGGUGGAUGUUGCUGUUGUUUCAGGCAUCGAGACAUGUACAAGCUCUGCCAAGUUAAUGGAUUCUGCUAAGGAUCCUAGAAAUCUUCGGAAUCAAAUUGUGCACGAACUUGUGACAUUACCAACAAAUAAUUGGAGAGAGCAGCUUCAGCGUUACAAGCAUUGCAGCCAGGCUCCUGCUUGUGGUGAGCUUCUGUUUAUGACAGACACUUGGAGCUUGGAAAUCAGGAAAGCAGGGAUCAAACUGCCAAAGGACUUCCCUCGUGCCGUAAGAAUAUGGUACAAAACAAAGCCAGAAGGACAAUCACUUAGCUGGACUACAGAUCAAAGUGACAGACCAUGUGUUUAUACAGUGGGAUCUCCAAUAAACAACAGGGCCCUUUUUCCAUGCCAAGAACCGCCUGUUGCCAUGUCAACAUGGCAAGCUACAGUCCGAGCAGAUGCAUGCUUUGUUGUUCUAAUGAGUGGUGAGAAUGUAGCGGAACCAGCAAAAUCUGAAAAAGGUGUAUUAAGUUGGUUUUAUUAUGUGACAAUGCCAAUGCCAGCAUCCACCUUUGCUAUUGCUGUUGGAUGUUGGGCAGAAGUUAAAAGAAAAAGUUAUGAAACUGAUGUUUUGAAGAAUGAUGAGUUGUCUUCAAAAGGGGAUGUCAGGUUAUUAGAAAAGGCUUGCGGUCAUACACCAUAUCCUUGUCGCUUCCAAGAUCCUAUCACCUCUGCUCAGGUUAUUAUUCCUCAUCGCAUCUUUGCUCCUCUGUGCCUUAAGGACUCCUGCAAAAAGGUUUUACUCCACCUGCUUCCUCAGUGCCUCUCUGCGGCAUAUGAUCUGCUGGGUACACAUCCCUUUUCCCGGCUUGAUGUUUUGAUAGUUCCAUUGAACUUUUCCAGUCUUGGAAUGGCAAGCCCACAUAUCAUCUUCCUGUCACAGAGCACGUUAUCUGGAGAAAGCAACCUCUGCGGAACACGACUGUGCCAUGAAAUUGCUCAUGCCUGGUUUGGUUUGGCCAUAGGGGCACGUGACUGGACAGAAGAAUGGCUUAGUGAAGGAUUUGCUACUCACUUAGAGGAUGCAAUUUGGUCAGCAGCACAAAAGCUGUCAGUCACUGAAGCAAAAGAGCAACAGGAGCUGAAAACUUUGUUGCGUUGGCACCGUCUUAUGGAUGAAGUGCAGAAUUCAGAAGGGGAUCUUCAGGUUUUAAGGCCAAACAAAGAGAAAACGGGCAAAGUAACUGAAUCUGGUUCUUCUGUAGUCAAACAUGGCCUCAAUGCUGAAAAAAUCUUCAUGCAGGUUCACUACCUAAAGGGUUAUUUCUUGCUUCAGACUUUCACAGAAAAAAUUGGAGAAGCUGCAUAUUUUGCUUUUUUAAGAAAAUACGUGCAAGCAUUCCAUGGACAAUUGAUACUGUCUCAGGAAUUUCUUCAUUUAUUAUUAGAAGAGUUUCCCCAGCUAAAAGGGUAUGGUCUGGCGAUUGAAAACAUUUUCCAGAAGUGGCUUGACUGCUCAGGAAUACCCAAGCCUUUGCUGGAAGAGAGCCGCGUUUGGCAAGAAGGUCGACUAGCGCAGCAAGUGAAAGAAGAGGUCGUAAAAUGGAUUCAUAUAAAUCAGAGGUUCAGAAAAGGCACUCGGCGGAAAAGGCAACGACCAGAAGAAGUCACUUUCCAAAAGCUUUCCCCGGACCAGCUGGUCUUACUUCUGGAGUGUCUCCUGCAGAAGGGGACAUUCUGUUCAAAAACGUUGGAAUGCUUACAGAAAACUUACCACCUCCGUGAGCAGGAUGCAGAGGUUCGACAUCGAUGGUGUGAGAUGAUUAUUAAACACAAGUAUGUGGCAGGAUAUGCUGAUGUUGAGAAAUUUCUCAAGGAAGACCAGGCAAUGGGUGUCUACCUCUAUGGAGAAUUAAUGUUGAAUGAGGAUGCAAAACAACAAGAAAUUGCCUAUAAAACUUUUGCUACAAUCCGUGACAUGGAUGCAUCCUCAGCUAAAGUAGUGGCAGAAAUGUUAUCUGACAAGGAAAGGCAGAGACUUUAACUAUUUGUUGUUAGUCAGGAAGUCGUGUCCGACCCAUCAUGACCUAUUUGUUACCAAAUGCUGGUGGUAUUAGAAUUUCUUUGAUUCUGGAUAUCAAAGGGAAAAUUAUGUUGCUGCUAAAAUCUGCUGAAAAAUGUUUUAUGCAGAGUAUAUCUUUCUGGAAGGUGACAGAAACCAGGAAGAACAAGUCCUUCAUCUCCCUCAUAGUAAAAUACAAUUAUGAUUGUGAAUCCAAGGCCAAAAAGACAAAAGAAAUAUACAAAGAGCUAAAAACACUUCAAUCAAGGGAAUAUUAUGUGCUAAUUUAAAUUGAACCUAAUAUUAAAGUGAGGGUUACUGAUUUUGUUAUUGUAUAAGACCCUAACUCAGUCACACUAUAAUAUAGGCAUAGUGUUAAGCAAUACUCGUGAAAUAUUGCUCUCUUGUGCCCAAUGCUACCAGUUUCACUCAAAGCAAUAUGAUGCAACCUCAAUAAUCUGUGAAUUUUAUCAGUCCCUUCUUUGUAAAACAUAUUUUGUAAAUAAACUGAUUAUGUAAA